AUGUCUCUUCUCCGUCGCCUCCCAUCUUCCUCGACGGUCGUUAACUCAACAAAGACAAUCAUCGAUGAUGAGGUUAGUCAAAGUACCACACCCAUAACCGGACCUGCACCUUUUUCAAAAUCUACGAAGUUUAAUGAUCUUCCAGAUGAUAUCAAGAGGACGUUUGAAACUAUCGACUCGCACAUUCAGGGAUGUAUACAAAUAAGCAACGAGCUUGAACAGCGAAAAAUGGGGGAAGAGGCGAUCAAGGGCCAGGAGUUAAUUCGCGAAUUGCACAAGGAGCUGCUUGGUGUAUCCUCCGUUAUUCAGUCGGACUCUCUCUUCGCCAAGGACCUGAAAGUGAAGACUGAACAAGCAGUUCAAGACACGAUUGUCGCAACCAACAUCAUCGAGGGCUUUAAAAACCCGCAUCAGAGCACAGCAUAUCUCAAGAAUCAUGCUUCGUUCCCUCUGGAAUUCUUCACCCGUGUCACGCAAGAGAUGCAGGAGCGUCUGCAGUGGUUCAAAAACAUUAUCGAACAAAUUGAGCGGAAACUAUCCGCAUCGGCAUCCCAAUCUCAAAAUACACCCCAAGACAUCAAAGACUACCAAAACCUACGAUUGACAUCACGAGAGCCCAUGAAAUCUACACUCUCUACCUACUGA